AUGGGCUCCGUGUCCAACCAGCAGUUUGCAGGUGGCUGCGCCAAGGCGGCGGAGGAGGCGCACGAGGAGCCGCCGGAGCACCCAGCGGAGCCGCAGCUUCUGCACGGGGCCGGCAUCUGUAAGUGGUUCAACGUGCGCAUGGGGUUCGGCUUCCUGUCCAUGACCGCCCGCGCCGGGGUCGCGCUCGACCCGCCGGUGGACGUCUUCGUGCACCAGAGUAAGCUGCACAUGGAGGGCUUCCGGAGCCUGAAGGAGGGUGAAGCAGUAGAAUUCACCUUUAAGAAGUCUGCCAAGGGCCUGGAAUCUAUCCGUGUCACCGGACCUGGUGGAGUGUUCUGCAUCGGGAGCGAGAGACGGCCAAAGGGGAAGAACAUGCAGAAGCGCAGGUCCAAAGGAGACAGGUGCUAUAACUGUGGAGGCCUAGACCAUCACGCCAAGGAAUGCAAGCUGCCACCCCAGCCCAAGAAGUGCCACUUCUGCCAGAGCAUCAGCCAUAUGGUGGCCUCGUGUCCUCUGAAGGCCCAGCAGGCCCCCAGCUCACAGGGAAAGCCCCCCUACUUUCGGGAGGAAGAAGAAGAGACCCACAGCCCAGCCCUGCUCCCUGAGGCCCAGAAUUGAGUCACCGGGGGUGGGGGCUCUCCUUCUGCUAUCAGGAAGUUUUGAGGAGCAAGCACCAAUUGGCAGAGUGGAGACGUGGGGACAGGGUGGGCUGGGGGUGGCUGGCACUGCCACGAAUCUCAGGUGGGGGUUCACAGCAUCACCCCUUCUCCCCUCUGGGUAGGGGGGGAGCGGUGAGGCUAAGAACUCCAGCCGUGCUCUAUCCAAAUGCAAGGAAGGGCUUUUGGGUGAAAUCACUCUAGAACCUGCAUGCUUGAUCCGAGGCUCCGCUCCCAGAGUCUUCGGCUUUUGAAAGUGGCCUGGAUAGGAAAGUUACUUUUCUCCCAAAGACAGACAUGCCAUCUCCCGGGCCAGCAUGAAGCAUCUCGGCACAGGGACAGUGGAAUAAAGGACCCAGCCCCACAAGCCGCUCUAUUCUGUGGGAGGGAAUCUUGGAAGUAAGGCAGGGUUCUUUUCACAUGUCGUUUCCUCAUACCCUGCUCUAGGGACAGAGCUGGGAACUGUCCCAACCUGUGGGUUUUGUGAUGACAGACAGAGGAAGUGGGGGGUCAGCUGCAGCCCUGCUGCCCCUACACUCACCCCCACCCCGUGCCGGCCAAUGUGAUUUUAUUUAUUUGCUCCCUUGGCUAACUGCACCUUGGGUCCCACCUUCUCCAGGAUGCCAACUGCACUAGCUGUGUGCGAACGACGUAUCUUGUGCAUUUAAACUUUUUUUUUCUUAAUAUAAAUAUGCUGGUUUUGUAUUUUUGUAUAUUUUAAUCUAAGGCCCUCAUUCCUGCACUGUGUUCUCAGGUACAUGAGCAAUCUCAGGGAUUAGUCAGCAGCAGCUCCAGGUCUGCACAGCAGGAGUGCUUUUUGUUGUCUUUUAUCACCGUGGAUAUUGAACUACCUCAUUUUUGCCAAUUAGAGCCGGCUUUUCUGCCAUAGUGUCCUCUUGAAACCCCCUCUACCUCGACCUGUCUCCCCGGAGACUAGGUUCAACUGGGCUGCGCUGUGACUCGAUCUCCUUCUGCUGGGAAAUUGGAAAUUGGUUCGUCUAAACAGGAAA